AUGUGGCCAGCACCAAAACCACCAAAAUUCCCAAGAAUUACUGAGACUUCUGAAGAAGAUUUUAUGGAAAUAAAACCUUGCAUAAGUGUGCACCAUGGUGGAGAGUGGUUUGUACAUGGUGACAUUAGAUACGAAGGUGGUCAAGUAAGUGUGUUUGAAAACUUACCUGAUAAUGUUGAUGCUUCAUAUGUAAAACAAAUCAUAGACAACUUGGGUUACAAUAACAUCAUUAAGCUGCAUUUUGUUGAUCCUAGGAAAGACUUUGUACUGUACAAGCUUGUACAUGUGUACACAGAACAUGCAAUAGUUAGGCCAUUUGGGGUGGUAAUGGAUGGAGUGGAGUUGACCCAACCCCAUGUAGAUAUAGACUAUGAUACAGAAGGCACAGAUGAGGAUGAUGAUGAAUUAGUUAGUGCCAGGACCAAAGUCAGUGAUGAAAAGAAAAAACAACAGUCUUAUGAUGAAGAAAUAGAGAUGUUAAAAAGAGUAUCUGCAACUAAGGGAUUAGGGGAAAAUCUAUUUGAUGGUGACUUUCAAGGUGAUACUGAUCUUGACAGUCAUAGUGAAGAUGAAGAUGAGGAGUAUGGGUUCUUAGAAGCUGCACCUUCAAAAAAAAAACACCCAGUUGCAGCAAAGGGGAGAGAACUACCAUUCACUAGGAAUGACCCCAACAGGGUAGGUGCUAGAUGCAUGAACAAGGAAAAAGGAUGUCCUUGGAGAAUUUGGGCUUCAUUGGAGAAGUUUAAGAGAAACUUUAUGGUGAAAACCUUGGUGCCCAAGCACACUUGUGGAAGAGCCCCUAAAAACAGAAACAUGACAGCUUCUUGGAUUGCUAAAAAUUACAAGAGCAAGUUCAAAAUAAAUCCUUAUCUGAGGCUACAAGAUAUAAUAGAGACAGUCUGGCUAGAGUGGGGGAUUAGGGUGAGCAGAAAUGUAGCAUACAGAGCUAGGAGGAGGGGGCAAAGUUUGAUUGUAGGGGAGUAUAUGGAGCAAUAUACCUUGCUGCCAAGAAUGUACAUUUGUUUUGAGGCACUGAAAAAGGGGUUCUUAGCUGGAUGUAGGCCUUUCAUAUCUCUUGAUGGUUGUUUCUUAAAAGGACCCUAUGGUGGACAACUUUUAGUUGCUGUUGGGAGGGAUGGGAACAACCAAAUGUUCCCAAUUGCAUGGGCAGUAGUAGAGGUUGAAUCAACUUCUAGUUGGACAUGGUUUUUGACAUUUUUAGGGGAGGAUUUAUUAUCAAAUGAAGGUGCUGGUUACACUUUCAUGUCUGAUCAGCAAAAAGGUUUAUUGAAGGCUGUAUCAGAUGUGUUUCCCCAAGAUGAGAGUAGGGUAUGUGCAAGGCAUGUGUAUUGUAACUUCAGAGGGGUGUUUGGUGGUGGGUUAGAGUAUAGGAAGCAGUUCUGGAUCAUGGCUAAGAGCACCACAAAAAAUGAAUUUUUGCUUAACUUAGAGAAGAUGAGGAUAAUAUCUAAUGCAGCUGUUGAUGAUCUCUUAAAUAGGAACUACAAGAAAUGGUGUAGAGCCUUCUACACUCCUCUGUCUUGUUGUGAUAGUGUGGAUAACAACAUGAGUGAGGUUUUCAAUGCCUACAUAUUGAACUCAAGGCAUAAACCUAUAAUUACUAUGUUGGAAGACAUCAGGGAGGGGAUAAUGGAGAGGCUACACAAGAAGAGGGGUGAAAUAGGGAAGAAAGAGAUGUUGUUGUGUCCAAGAAUACAACAGCAAGUUGAGAAGCACAAGAUUGGUGCUAGGGGAUGGAAUGCAUUCUGGGAUGGGGGGUUCUCUUAUGGGGUGAGGGAAGGGGCAACACAAACAAAAUAUGUUGUCAAUUUGGAAGCUAGAACUUGCAGCUGUAAUGCAUGGCAAAUAAGUGGGAUUCCAUGCAAACAUGCAGUGGUUGCAAUUUGGAACAAAGUUGAUCAACCAGAACAUUAUGUUAACCCAUUCUUCACCAAAUCAGUGUAUUUGAAGGCAUAUGACUACUUGUUGGAGCCUAUAAAUGGAGCAGAAGAGUGGCAUAGUUCAGAAACUUUGGUAAAUGCACCAAAACUCAAGAAAGUGCACAAUAGGCGCCAAAUGAAGAGAAGGAAGACAGCUGGAGAAGUUACAAGUUCAGGAAAAUUGAUAAAAACAGGCUCAGUAUUGACAUGCAGCCUAUGUGGUGUUCAAGGGCAUAACAAGAGAGGUUGCAAGAAUAUACCUACAGAGUCUGUGCGCAUGGGUGCAAGUGAGUCAAUUAGUAGCCGUGCACAGAAUGUACCUACUGUACCCAUGCACCAUAGAGGUGUAGAUGUAUACACCUACCCAAGUGGCUACCAAAGAGUUGCUACUCUCCAACCACAGCAGCCACCUACUCAACCCCUCAAUCACACAAUCCCACAAAGAAGAGUAGCAUGUUAUUCAGAUUAUGAGGGUGAGCAGACCAUAUAUUCAUUCAGCCAAGAAUACUCAUUUAACCAGUCACAACCAGAGGGUUCACAAGCUUCACAAACAAUAACUAGCCAAGCCUUACAGCAACUUGCACCCCCUUGUAUCAGUCUCAGCAUCGUAGUUAGGGCAUGCUACAAACCUUCUACCAGGGUUGUCCCUUGUCCAGGCUCUGAUUUUGGUUACAACAAACCCACAAUGACAUCUUUUUGGAAUUGGGGGCAUGGAACCACCAUAGCUAUUUCUUGA